UUUACAGUUGCUGAAGGAGAACAAGAAGGUUGAGUAAUAACUUAAUUCAAUGGAGCCAUUCCAUCCAUAACUAUUAUUUGAGGAAACAAGCGAGUGCAAUGAGCUGCUGACCAUAGAAAUAUAAUCACAAAGCAAUGCACCAGACACAUGCUGCAAUUUAUUUAAGUUGAGAAAGAAUAGAGAGAAUAGCGAAUCUGUUUUGCACUGAUACGACUCUGAUUAGAUGCAGAGGCCAGGGGUAACAAGAUGAACGAAGCUACAAAAGUUAAGAACUGCCCGAGGGUAAAACCCCAUACAACGGAGUACCUGCACUACUUGACACAGUGUUGCCGCUCACCCACAAAGCUGCAGGACACAUACAACAGGCCAUCCAACAUCACCUCCGCAGUUCACUAUCCCAGCAUGUUUCCUAUCGACAUCGAUGCACACAGAGUCGGAUUAUCAGAAGAGAAUACAGGGUUUCAACCCCAGCAAGAGCAGGAUGUGGCGGACCAGUGUGUCCAUGUUCCUGAUUGUGACCGCACUGUGCGUUACCGUUCCCUCAAUGGCUCCUGUAACAAUCUCAUCUUCCCCAUGUGGGGUGUUGCAGGUUCUGCUCUUGUCCGACUAUUGCCAGCCAACUAUCAAGAUGGUGUAAGCAAGGUUCGGAAGACCAAGAGUGGUAAGGAACUACCCAAUGUCCGCCAACUUCGUACAUUGCUGUUUCCGGACAAGAAUGUACCCGAUUCUGUGAACAUGCUGAACGUAAUGCAAUGGGGUCAGUUGGUAGCUCAUGAUACAAGCCACAUUGUGCAGCAAAGCUCAGGUCUGCCAUCAUCUACAGAGACAGGGUUGGAUUGCUGUGUUGGUCGCUCCCAAAAUCUACCUUCAUCUUGUCUUCCCAUCCAAGUACCAAACAAUGACCCGUUCUACUGCCAGUACAAACGGACUUGUCUCAAUUUUGUACGAUCCUUGACUACAGAUGAUCUAGGUUGCAAGCUUUCACCCCAUCAACAGAUUGCAUCUGUGACACACUUUGUGGAUGCAAGUUUCGUCUAUGGCAGUGAUGAAGAUACAGCCAGAUCUCUUCGCACAUUCACCCACGGAAAACUAAUGGUGCAAGUGACUCCUGACAAUCGAGAAUUUCCACCGAACUCCACAAUGCCGGAGAGAGACUGUGACAGCCAGAGAGAAGGGGUGUGCUACCUUACAGGUGAUGAUAGGGGCAACCAGAACACUGGUAUGACAGUACUGCAGGUGUUGCUGUUGAGAGAACACAACCGCCUCUGUGAUCAGUUGUAUCAUCUCAAUCCCAUGUGGGAUGAUCAGAUCCUGUACGAAGAAGCUAGGCGGAUCUUAGUGGCUGUGGUACAAAGGAUAACAUACAAUGAUUACCUGCCAAUAAUCUUAGGAAAGGAGUUUAUUAAACAACUUGGCGUAGAGGAUGGGCAAGGGGAUGAAAAAAUGUCCUUCAAUGAUUACGAUCCAUUCCUGAACCCAUCAACGGUCAAUGCCUUCACCACAGCAGCCUACAGGUCCUUCCACAGUAUGAUUCCCCGGGAAAUGGUUCUAUUCGACGAUAACCAACAGCCGCUCAAGACUUUGUUACUUGAUGACUUCUUUUUCCGUCCAUCCCUAAUACAAGAACCUGGUAUGUUUGAUAACCUGCUGAGAGGCCUUGCUGUACAGAAUGCUCAGAGUAUGGAUAUAUUCUUCUCCACAUCGAUUACCAAUUUGCUGUUCAAAUCUACAAGAGAGUUUGGUACAGACCUGGAGAGCAUUGACAUGCAGCGAGGCAGAGAUCAUGGUUUGCCUGUUUACAAUGAGUUUAGGGUUGCCUGUGGUCGGCCGAAAGCUGUAAGAUUUAAAGAUUUGCUGGAUGUAAUGCCAGAACAGGCAGUCUCACGGCUAUCUGCCAAGUACCAGAGGGUAAAUGAUGUGGACCUUUACGUGGGAGGUAUGCUGGAAACUCAGGCUCCAGGAGCUCUCGUGGGCCCUACCUUCCAGUGUAUAAUCGGGGAACAGUUCAGGCGUUGGAGGAAUGGUGACAGGUUCUACUACGAGUUCGCCAACCAGCCUGGAUCUUUUACGUUCGACCAGGUCAAAGAAAUUCGAAAAGUAACUUUGGCGGAAGUUUUCUGCCAGAAUGGAGAUAAUAUUACAAGAAUACAACCUGAUGUCUUUCGAGUUAUCUCUAAUGAGACUGGAAACCUCUGGAUGCGUGAUUACCAACACCUCACUGGAACAACAUCACCAACUUACAAUGAAAACAUUUAUAACACUUACCAUUCACUAUUGGCAAGAGUGUCACAACUUCCAUAUUCUGUAACAGGACUGGACACAUCUCGGUGCAUGAUUACCAACACCUCACUGGAACAACACUUAGCAUUUACAUCACUUACCGGUCACUGUUGGCAAGAGUGUCACAACUUCCAUAUUCUGUAAUAGGACUGGACACAUCUCGGGUACAUGUUCAGGGCCGUACUCAGCUAUUGCCCCAGAAAAGAUGUUUGGCCAGGCCUCCUUAUGUUCUCUGCCGCUGAUUCCCCGUCACACCGCUUCACACCCCCUCCCCCCAACGUUAUCCUAUUGACAAUAUCUUAUUAUUUUGUUUUUGGUAGUGAUAUUAAAUAUAUGCUACUAAAAAUAACUAUGAAAAAACGUCUUAAUAAUCGGACCAUUUUAAGCAUAAUUUAGUGACCUCUAAGCAUGUAUAAUAAUUAGUUUAAUAGCCUAUUGUAAUAAACUAUAUUAAAAAUUUGGCCUAUAA